CCGGAAGAGGCUGCGAGUGCUCCGCGUGCCCAGGCGUGACGGGGGAAAGCGUGCCGGGUCGUCGUGAAAGCCGGGGCGCCCCGCGCAGGCCUCGGCUUCUCCCGGCGUGGCCGCGAUUCUUUCUCCCCGCUCCGUCGCAGCGCCUCGGGCUCCAGGGUCUUUAAAAGCUACCAGGCUGCCAGAAUGUCUGAAGUUGCAAAGGUUGCUGAUGAGUUAUCUGAAGCGAAUCUCAGUGACACAUGUACACCACUAGAUGAGAAUAAAGAAGGUCUUUCCAGUGCAAGUCCUAAAGAUGCUGUGAUCACUAUUGGAGCUACUAUACCAACUGGGUUUGAGCUGACUGCAGCUGAUGAAGUACAAGAGAAACUAGGAUCAAAGUCUAGAAUUAGCAAGGGCCGUGGGAAGAUCUACUUUGAAAUUCCAGUUAUAAGUCUUCCAAAGGUUCACCAGUUAAGAUCAGUUGACAAUUUAUUUGUCGUUGUUCAAGAAUUCAGAGAUUAUCAGUUCAAAGAAACUAAGGAAGAAGCUCUAAAGGAUUUAGAGGGGUUGGUUAAGAAACUCCCUUGGACCAACUCUUUGGAAGUAUGGAAGUUAAAUACAAGUCUUAAGAAAAGAAAAACUAGACGAAAUAAGGGCAACCAUCACAGUCAUGCAAAGAAGGAGAAGCUAAAGAAAAACAAGGAUCAAGAGGGAAAUGAAGAAUUGCAAAAACCUGUGCAAAAUGAUUUCAAAUCUGCUGAAGUCCAAGACCCAGAAAAUACUAACGAAAUAGAACCAUCCGAUGAUGAUGAACAGUCUGAACCCAAAGAAGAGUUAACAUCCAAUGGUGAAAACAGAAAUGAAGCAGGUGAUGGCAGGAAGCAUGAAAUGGAAGCUGAAACCCUGAAGUUCCGGGUAACUUGCAAUAGAGCUGGUGAUAACCACAACUUUAAAUCAGAUGAGGCAGCAAGAGAUUUUGGAGGAGCUGUGCAAGACUUCUUUCAGUGGAAAGCAGACAUGACCAAUUUCGAUGUGGAGGUUCUUCUCAAUAUCCACAAUAAUGAAGUAAUAGUGGGGAUUGCAUUAACAGAGGAGAGUCUUCAUAGAAGAAAUAUUACACAUUUUGGGCCCACAACUCUUCGCUCCACUCUUGCAUAUGGAAUGCUGAGAUUGGGUGAUCCUCAGCCAGCUGAUGUAAUAAUUGAUCCCAUGUGUGGGACAGGCGCUAUACCAAUCGAGGGGGUUACUGUAUGGUCAAAUUGUUAUCAUAUUGCCGGGGAUAACCAUUCACAAGCUGUGAAGAAAACGGCAAAUAAUAUCUCCUCUUUACUGAAGCAAACUCAAAGUGAAGAAAGCACUUCUAUAGGAAAGCCCAUAGAUACCAUCCAAUGGGAUAGCUGCAAUCUCCCCCUGAGGACCAGCUCUGUGGAUGUCAUUGUAACAGAUCUACCAUUUGGAAAAAGGAUGGGGUCCAAGAAAAAGAAUUGGGAUCUCUACCCCUCUAGCCUUAUGGAGAUGGCCCGAAUUUGUAGACCAAGGACUGGGAGAGCUGUGCUGCUGACUGAAGAUAGGAAAUGCUUUGCCAAGGCAUUGUCAAAAAUGGGACACCUGUGGCAAAAGUCUCACACAAUCUGGGUUAAUGUUGGAGGCCUCUGUGCUGCUGUAUAUCUCCUGAAACGCACUUCAGAAAUAAUUGAGCAGACAAGAUCAUAUUGGUAACGUUUUAGGCAUAUCUAGCAUAAUCUGAUAGCUUAACUUGAGAUUCCAAAUUGGUCAAUAUUAGAAUUAAAUGGGUUCAGCAAAAUGAACUACUGAGUAAACUUACUGUGUCAAACCCAACUUGAAACUCUUGAAGGCACUCUCAGGGCUUAAGCAGGAAAAUGUAGUAAAUUGAUCAAGCUUGCAGUUCUUCUAUAAGCCUGAAAAUGACAGUUACUGUGUCAACUUAAAUGCAUUAUAUUCAUAAGGCAAGUUACCCAAAUUCGUAAAAAAGCUAAUAGGAGCUUCAGAAGAGCUCCUUUCAAAUACUAUAGUGUUCGAGGAUUAUUUCCUUUAGUAUUGUUCAGUUUAGAGUAUCUUUAGGUAAGAGGGUGUACAAUAUUUUGUCACUAGAGAAUGACCUCCAUUUUAUUUUGUUUGGCAUGCCAAAACAGGGGCAAUAAAAUUAGUAGAGUUUUACAAACAUAAAUAAUUGGGCUCUGAAUUACAGUCUGAUCUCACUUGUGAUGUUUCCUUAUCAGCUGUCUCAAUGUAAGUGCUAAAUCCUUUGUUUACAGUCAUAUGCCAUAUGAUACUUCUAGCUACAGCUGAGAACGUGUUCUUUAAGCCUUCAUAUUUUCCAUUCUCAUUGUUCUAAUUCAGAUUUAAAAGUAAAAAAUGCAGUAGUAAUCUUCACAUGUACUAUUGUUGAUUUGAACCUGCAGGAUACAUGAGAAUAUUUAUAAUACAGUUAAUUUUAACCUGAAAAUAACAGCUGAAGAAUGUGCUCAAUAGUUGAAUAACCGUAACCUGUAAUGAUUCUUGAACAUGGUCCAAAUUAAUGAGAUUUAUGCAAGAUCAUAGCUAUGCUUAAAUACCAUAAAUGGAUUGUGUCCACUAUUUAUAUGUGUAUUAGAGCUCAUCUGUCAAAUCUGAAGCUUUUUUCAGCAAUGUGAAAUGAGUGGUCAUAAAAACUAUUUUAAACUAUGUACAUUGGAUGCAGUUCAAAAGGUAGAGAUUGAAACUCAUUUGUAUUUGAAAAAUGGCCUUUGUCUUUUGAAAUGAACAGGGGAACUCACAACUGUGUGACGUCCCAUUGGUUAUCAUGCAGCCCUGAAAUGUUAUUGCAGCCCUCUAUUAGAACUAUGUGUUCAAGAAUUGGAUAUAGCUGAGAAUUUUUGAAAUUGUAGACCAAACAUACUUCCAUGGCAUGAGGUUAAAGAAAACUGGGCUGCUGACUGAUCCUCUGUGAGAAAUAAAGCCACAGUAUUAGUACAGUAGAAAGAUCAGUCUAUUCUUUAAACAUAUCUGCAGUCCCAACUCCCAUCAUCUGCUUGUUAUUCCAUGCUCCUGCAGGGCUUUCUCUGGUUCUCAUAUUAGUUGUUGCUGUUCACUGAAUUCUAACAUUAUAAUUUUUACUUGUACAUAAUAAAGUUUUUACCAGGAUUAUCUGUC